AGGUAUUUACUUAUCUAGUUACUUGCCGAGUAUUUGUUUCAGGUAUAACUUGGGUGCUGGUAUACCGAACAGACAAAUACAAGAGAUUAAAGGCUGAAGUGGAAAAACAGAGCAAGAAAUUGGAAAAGAAGAAGGAAACAAUAACGGAAUCAGCAGGCCGACAGCAGAAAAAGAAAAUAGAGAGACAAGAAGAGAAGCUGAAGAAUAACAACAGGGAUUUGUCAAUGGUUCGGAUGAAAUCCAUGUUUGCCAUUGGCUUCUGCUUCACUGCCUUGAUGGGAAUGUUUAACUCCAUAUUUGAUGGCCGAGUGGUAGCAAAGCUUCCGUUUAUCCCUCUUUCGUACAUCCAAGGUCUCUCCCACCGCAACCUUCUGGGUGAGGAUUACACCGACUGCUCGUUCAUCUUCCUCUACAUUCUCUGCACGAUGUCAAUCAGACAAAACAUCCAGAAGAUGCUUGGUCUUGCUCCUUCCCGGGCUGCCACCAAGCAAGCUGGGGGCUUUCUUGGCCCGCCACCUCAG